CACUGAUCGAUCUUUCCCGGACUGUCUGCAAAGAAAACUAAAAACGAAAAGAGGAGAGACACAGAAGCAUUGACGGUGUCUCGAGCCGUCGGCAGAAUGCAGAAGCGAAAUGGAUACACACCGAGACCUUCUCUCCUCCGUCGCCGUCCUCAUUGCGUGCCAUUGGUUCACGAGAAGAAGGGCUAAGCUGUAGAGAAGACAUCAUUCUGUGCCUGAUUCCAGCGUACAACGACGUAAGUUGCGGAGAUGGGGACGACUCUCAAUUUCGGCCUGUUCUUGCUUCUGCCAGCCACUUUGCUCGGCACUUGCAAGGCUCACCUAAAAUCCGGCUGCAAGAUCGAGACGCUGCGCGGCUGCGGUGAAGACUACGUUCCCUACCUGAAGACUCAGCGCAUGUCGGAUACGCCGCAGCAGCUGGCCAAAGAAUGCGCGAAAUACAAACGGCAGAUAGCGUGCGCUCUUCACUUUCACCACGACUGCACGCGGGGUCGGAGCCAGGCUGCCGCACUCGCGACUAUAGCAGCACUCGGAGAAAGCAUGGAAGCUGUUUGCACCGCGGGUUCGCGACCAAACCAAGAGUACCUGAGAGGCGUCAAAUGCAUGAACUAUGUCGGUGACAAGCUCCACACCUGCUUCACCAAUUUGAGAGGCGCUGUGCAACGGGCAGUGUUCAAGGCUCCCGCCAAGCAAGCACUGCACUACACCUGCUGUGCGUACCACGACGUCACGGAAUGCAUUGGCGAAACCCUGGCGCCCUGCCAUCGCGUCGGCGCCAAGGAGUUCCUGCUGGCCGUCAUGGAGCGGGUGGUGGGCACCCCACUGCGACCAGCCUGUGCCAGCUACACGAAAGGUUCCGACGCGUGCCGAGCUCUGAAGCCGCUGCCACAGCUGGGUGCCAAGGACUUCACCGUCGACAGCCUCAUCGAGCUCCUGGCUGAAGCCGGGUCCACGAUAGGCCGGUUACCCUAGACUCUGUGAAUGCGCUUUUUUGUUUCAACUGUUGUUUCACAGUGAUGUAUAGCACGCGUCACUAACACGUUCAUUCUUAACUGCGCAAGACGUUCCACGACUUACAAAGAAGGCGCAUGAACUGGGGGUUGUUCGGCAGUCUUGUCAACCAAUGAAAGUAGCAGGCAAAGGCAAACAGUCCAGAAUCCUUCUUUCGUGCGUCUGUUCAAAGCACGAAUGCGAGAAUCUGUUGGCAUCUGUGUGUAAUGCCUCUUGCUUACUUUUCACAAGAAAUAAGUGACCAGGUAAGCAAAAUAUACAUGACGUACAGCAGGGAAGUGUGGGGCUCCAGCAUAACGUGGCAUAUAGGUGAAAAUGGCGCCGCAGCACCAAAGGAGACAUGCCUACAAAUGCACGCGAAGAAGACAGACCACAUGAUAAAUCUAUUGGGGUACCGGCAGAAAGGGCAGCGUGAUGUAUACCUCUCUCUGUUUCUAUAUAUGCGCCUGGGGUAGAGGAAAUAGGAAGAAAAGAUGGUAGUGAAAAUUGGUUACGAGGACAGAAGGUGUGAAUAAAAUACAGACGCUCCGCAGAUGAACCGACCACAGCCGCGAGCCAAAACCCGUACAGCACAGGAAUGUAGUUAUUGCACGAAUGGCUCCGCCACUCGGUACAGAUUCGUGGAAACAGAUUACAUGCGUCAUAAUGAGAGAACACCGAAAAGCAUAUGCAUGGGAAGCCCCAAAGAUAGAGAAGCGAACGGACAAACAAGCCCCUUGCACGCCAUCUUGAACAGCUAAACUACUGGGAACGUCGCUUGUACACCAUCACCUAGCUGCGUCUAACUAUACUUUAUCUUUUGUUUCAUCACCUGUCCUCGACUUCGAGUGCUAUUGCACAAUUGAUGAUGAAGGCCACCACUCAUCGGUUUUCCCCUUCUUAUCGGCAGAAGCCGAUCCCGCCCUCCGAGGAUUCAUCAAGAAGGCGAGUAGUGUCGUUCCUUGGCACCGUACAGCCACUUCAUGCUGCGCACUCAAGCCCUUCUGUAAACUAUAUCCCUAUCUUUAGACAGUUGCAUCGGGUACCGCCAACAUAGGUGUUAUUUUGCGCAAUUAACCUUUCAGAAGCAAUUUGGAGUUUCACUUUUCAUUUCUCUUAGAAUGCUCCCGACGGCGCUCAUCUCUGCGUCGUUUUAAACGAGUGAUCACUCAACAGGUUUUCGCAAACACGUUCCAAAUUUAAAUAGGAACUGUACCUAGUGGUGCCACCUUGCUAGUUCUUUCGAUAUUUCAAGUUACUGCAAUUUUUCCAAGUGCACCAGCCUGAGUGAUCAUUUAUACUCUUCCCAAGCAGUCUCUUGUGUGUAUGCAUUGUACUAUCUCCUUUUUUUCCUCUUUCUGUUUUCGUUUUGCUUACCCCUCGUACAAAGUAGAAAACUGCACACAUGUUGAAGAACACAGCGCAAACAGGUAGGAAAACAACAAGAAAAAAUGCAAUGGCCCAGGCUUUGGAGAGGUUGCUUCUUUCUUCGUUGUCUUCAUCUCUGCGCUGUGUUCCUGAAAACGAAGCUAUACCGACACCAACAAAGUGUCUGUUAUAUAAAUCAUGACACGUUGUUUAGUGGACUUCCCUCCUUAACUUACACUGAUGUCUGACAUAAACGUAGCUAUACUUUCCAGUUUGUUUGGAAAUUGUGUCUGUGUCAUGGCCGAAACGUUCGAGAUGGGUUCUUUACCAGUAUGAAUUGGGCAGUAGCCUUACAGGAGCCGACCAAGAGUUUGUAUUUUUUGCAUUUUCUGUUGCUUCAACGUUUAGUGCACAUACUCACCUGCACAAAUCCUCAUCCGAACAAGGAAGUUAACAAAGUGUGAAUUGAAAAGUAUGAAGUAUGUACCAGUAUACAGCCGCAACUUGUUUCCAAAUGAGCUAUCCCAAAUAACAUAGGUUCCACAUAGAUUCGUUAGCCCCUGUGCCAUAGUGCGCGCUUUCUAUGACGGCAGAGGAAAUGCCUCAGAUAAAAAAAAAAAGCUGUGCCUUCGGCGUAAUCUCUCAUGGGGAGUUUGCUUCAAAGGCCAAUGCAAAUAUCUGACGCCAAGAGACUCAAACUACCGUUGACAAAAUUACAUUACAUUUAUCCCCAGACUUCUAAUGAACAUGUAUUUAAGCUGUAAACAUGAACCAUUCCCAAGGAUGUCAAAGUUAUUUUCAAUAAUCAGAACUUUUACACGCACCUUCAUGUCGUUCUUUGGUUUUUCUUUUUAGUUUAUCUUUGUCCUUGUUCUUCAGUUCUGACACUGUUGUUUUCUUGCUGCCACUUUGCCUGAUUUUCUUAUUGCCUUAAGUCUUGAAGGGCUGUUGAAGUGUUCUAACUUUAAUUUUGAGUUUUGUUCAACGUAAAUG